CCAACCCUAGCUCCCGCACCCCCGCACCCUCGCCGCAGCCAUGGCGGAAGAAGCCGCCGCCACCGCCUCCGCCUCCGCCACCAACUUCGAGGUGGACCUGGGCCACCUCCUGGCCUACGACCCCUCGCACCACCUCGCCGCCGGCGCCGCGUCCUCCCGGGCGGAGCUGCGGGACGAGUGCCUGCGGAAGGCCACGGAGCUCGCGCAGGCCGUCGCCAACGCCCUCUUCUCGCUGCCCGCCACCGAGGGCCGCGACGGCCCUGUCGUCCGCCUCCCGCCGCCCACCAACCGCCUACCCCGCGAGAAGCACUUGCCAAGGCCAAAGCCUCCUACCAAGUGGGAGCAGUUCGCAAAGUCGAAAGGGAUUAUCAAGCACAAGAAGAACAAGCGUGCAUGGGAUGAGCAAACUAAUUCCUGGAAGCGGACGUAUGGCUAUGAUCGUGUUAAUGAUGACAGAGACGUUCCCAUCAUUGAAGCCAAAUUGACAGACGAGCCUGGUGUUGAUCCUUUUGCUCAAAGAAGGGAAGAGAAGAAGGGCAGGGUCGAUAAACAAGAAAAGAACAGACUUGGGAAUUUGAAGAAUGCUGCAAAAGUUGGUGCUCUGCCAAGUCAUAUACAGCUCGCUGCCACGUCCGUGCCCAUCACAGGAACUAAAGCUGAUCUGCCAAGAAAAGCUAAGAAGGAAGACCUCGAGAAUGUCGCUGGUAUGGCUUCUGCAGCAACGGCUAGCGGUGGAAAGUUUGAUAAAAAGUUGCCUGGUGAGAAACCUCUCAAGAAGGCUGGCAAAAACAGAAAGUUCCUCCCUGUUGUUGAAGGGAAAGGAAUGGGCAACCUAGAGAAACAGCAAAACGACAAGAUCCUGAACAGUCUACUGGCCAAGAACUUCGAGGAACCAUUGGAUGUCAGCAAGGCAAUCACGAUGUACAAGGUGAAGAAGGACAACAAGAGGAGGAAAGACAAGCAAUCAUCGUCGUCGUCCGGAUCAAAUAAGUUGAAGCCCCAGAAGAAAAUCCACAAGAAAUCUUCAAAGAAAAGCGCUUAGGUCCCUCCACAUCAUCGUUGAGACAUGCCGUGCUGUAGGCGGCGAGCGCAGUCUCCAAGCAUCAAGGAUAGUCUUGGCAAAUUUUGUAUGGUCAUUGUCCUGUUUAAGUCCCAAGGGAGAAAUAUAGUUAUUCCGGUUACCACUGGUUAUGAUAUGGCGCAAGAAGCUGAGUGCCGUGAUGACAUAGCUGUACACGUAUUGUAUUUUCAGAAGUUUGGGAAAUGUUUCUGGAAAGCUUUGUUGGCAAUAUAGAAAUCAACCUAACACCAAAGAGAUUUGAUGUC